CGUGUCUUCAUUGUGUGUCAUGUCUGCUGUCUUUCUUUCUUCUGCUCCUGUUUUCUGUCGUGCCACGUUGAUCGAACGAUCUUUAGACUGCAGUCUGUCAGCCGCUGGUCGUUCGGUGGCUGUUUCUCGGCUCGUGACGUCAUUGAGUGUUUGCUGAGCUUUUGUCUUGACCUGAACACUCACUCUGGUCUGCAGCACUCUGGAUCAGGUCAGAUCGGACAGACGCACGCGGCACUGGAGCUGGAGAGGCUGCUGACAGCCGCGGGUUUAAUGCAGCAGGAGGACGGCAGCAGCGCAGCAUCUGGCGCGGUUGGUUGCAUUGUGCGUUGAUGACCCCUGCUGUGUAGCCGCCCGCCCGUCCGCUCACCCCCACCCCUCCCGUCUCCCCUCUCUCUUUCUCCAUCACAGCUCCUGGAUCAGCCAUGUUUGGCACCGAGUCCUCAUUGAGCAUGUUCCUCAACACUUUGACCCCUAAGUUUUACGUGGCGCUGACGGGCACCUCAUCCCUCAUUUCAGGACUCAUACUGAUCUUUGAGUGGUGGUAUUUCAGGAAGUAUGGGACAUCAUUUAUUGAGCAGGUGUCUGUCAGUCAUCUGCGUCCUCUGUUAGGCGGAGUUGAUAACAGCUCACCCAACAACUCCAACACCAGUAACGGAGACACCGACUCCAGCCGGCAGAGUGUGUCAGAGUGUAAGGUUUGGCGAAAUCCUCUCAAUCUGUUCAGAGGAGCUGAAUAUAACCGAUACACAUGGGUGACAGGAAGAGAGCCGCUCACAUACUACGACAUGAAUUUGUCGGCACAAGAUCAUCAGACCUUCUUCACGUGUGAUUCUGAUCACCUACGGCCUGCAGAUGCCAUAAUGCAAAAGGCCUGGAGAGAGAGGAAUCCUCAGGCUCGGAUCACGGCCGCUCAUGAAGCUCUGGAUCUGGAGGAUUGUGCGACCGCUUACAUUCUCCUGGCUGAGGAAGAGGCCACGACUAUCGUAGAGGCAGAGAAACUCUUCAAACAGGCGCUGAAGGUUGGAGAGAGCUGCUACCGGCGCAGCCAGCAGCUGCAGCAUCACGGAUCACAGUAUGAAGCCCAGCACAGAAGAGACACAAACGUGUUAGUUUACAUCAAGAGAAGACUCGCCAUGUGCUCCAGAAAGCUUGGCCGCACACGAGAAGCUGUCAAAAUGAUGCGAGAUUUAAUGAAGGAGUUUCCUCUGCUCAGCAUGUUCAAUAUCCAUGAAAACCUGCUGGAGUCUCUUCUGGAGCUGCAGAACUAUGCUGACGUUCAGGCCGUGCUCGCCAAGUAUGACGACAUCAGUUUGCCAAAGUCUGCAACCAUCUGCUACACGGCAGCACUUCUGAAGGCCAGAGCCGUGUCUGAUAAGUUUUCUCCAGAGGCCGCAUCACGGAGAGGUUUGAGCACAGCAGAAAUGAACGCAGUAGAAGCCAUACACAGAGCAGUGGAGUUCAACCCACACGUACCUAAAUACCUCUUAGAGAUGAAGAGUUUGAUACUGCCACCGGAGCACAUCCUGAAGCGUGGUGACAGUGAAGCCAUCGCAUACACCUUCUUCCACCUGCAGCACUGGAAGCGGGUGGAGGGCGCGCUCAACCUGCUACACUGCACCUGGGAGGGAACUUUCAGAAUGAUUCCAUAUCCUCUGGAGAAAGGCCACCUGUUCUAUCCAUAUCCAGUCUGUACAGAGACGGCGGAUAGAGAACUGCUACCAACAGUGUUCCACGAGGUUUCAGUGUAUCCUAAGAAGGAGCUGCCGUUCUUCAUCCUGUUCACCGCGGGUCUCUGCUCCUUCACGGCCAUGCUGGCGCUCCUCACGCAUCAGUUCCCAGAGCUCAUGGGAGUGUUUGCUAAAGCCUUCCUGAGCACCCUGUUUGCCCCGCUGAACUUCAUCAUGGAGAAAGUGGAAAGUAUUCUUCCCUCGAGUCUGUGGCACCAGCUCACGCGGAUCUGAUCUCAUGGAUUUGAAUUAUUAUUGACUGAGGUGCCAAGUUCUUCAGAAGUGCCCGAUAGCCAGAAAACAAGUGAAACACAACCGACAUCAAAUGCAAAAGGAAUUUAUUCCCCCCCUUAAUCUCCUGUAAAUCUUUUCUGUUUAAAACUUUUAAACGCCAUCAGUAUAUUAAGAAAAAAUAAAAUGAUUUCUGUACUGCUGCAAAAAAAAAAAAAAAAACUGUCUCUAUUUUUGAAA